CCACCUUCAUAUGUGGUUGAAUGCGCAUUGAUAACCAAUGGCGCAGCUGGAUCAGAAAGGCCUUAUAGUGUACUCGAUAGUGCAUAAAAAGGAAGUUCACGCGGGCAGAAGUGACAAAGUGAGAAACGAGCGUUCGCUUAUCGCUUUACACACCUAGAAGAGCUAGCUGCCAUUGCUGAUUAUGUCGACGAAGCAUCGGAGUAGUCAGGAGUAUCGGAGGACGCCCUCCGAAGAAAAUCCCACGCCAGGACAAUACUUUGAAAAAGACUGGGUGGACGCGCAUUACGAGAUUUUGUUUCCGUGUGCACAUGUGACUCACUUACCGUGGAAGACGUGCGACUUGCUUGAAGAGCUAGAGACAGCUGUGCCUGGUUUAAAGUCACAUGAAGUCAAGAUUGAAUCAUUAAUACAUAUAACGCAUAAUAAGGAGUAUCGGGAUAUGCAGGUUGAUGAUGGUUAUAAAUUUCAAUCCUUCAAGAAGGUUGGAAAAUAUGGGUAUGGUCCUGAUCAAUAUGGGAAGAAGCCUUGUGGUUUCAGUUUCAUUGCCACUGCGCCGCAAAGUCAACCUGAUUGUACAAGUCUUUAUCGCUAUAUCAAAUCAGGGAAGGAUCUGUUGCCAGGACAAUACAUCUGGUGGAGUGUUUAUAUUGCUGAGCCUCCGGCUAUGCCAGACUAUGUACUGCCCAGUCCUCCAUUCACUAAACCAGAUGCCUCUUCUUAUGGCCGUAACAUGAUUUCUGCAAAUAUCAAAGAUUUGCUCAUAGCCUAUCAAACCAGUUUCAAACGUGAUGACAAAGGUCAAUAUCCCAUGAUUGAGCUACGAGUUGGAGGAACACUUCGUUAUAAAUAUGAAAUUUGUUACAUAAUCAUUCUAUGCAAAAAAGAAGAAUUGAGCGAUUAUCCAAUAUGGGAGCCAGGAAGGGAUAAAAUUAAGUUUGACACUGACAAGGAUAAUGCUGUCAAUGAGAUAGAUCCAAUUAGUAUCACAAUUAAGGGCGGCAUUAAAUGGGAUAAAAACACCUAUCAGUCUUACUCAUGGGAGCAUUUUGUAUUUGCUCUGCAUUUUAAUGGUGAUCAUCAUCAGCAAAUGACUUGUAGUGAUGAAACUUUCAGUCAUAAAAUUAUAAAUCAUGAUGCACGUUUUUGCUUAAAGAAAACUAUAGUUUCUCGUGACGGCAGUUCCAAGGUGGUGUGCCCUGAUAGCUAACUUGG